UUCUCGACACACCAGCUAGUUUAUUGUGGCACUUUCAGGAUCGCGAGCCAAAAACGGAAAAUCUAUUUUAAUUUGCAUUUAAAAGCUUUUGAAGUUUGUCUAAUUCCUAACAAUGCAGUUACUCAAAAGGAAAGCCUUCUACUUUACACUGUUCUUAGUGUUACUGAGCAUGUGCUUAGAUGAAACGGAAGCUAGGAGAAAAAUUCUUCGUGGCCGUCGGACAAUCAACCGCACAUACAAACGUGGUACCGCCAUCCCGGCGUGGGCUAUCGUUACACUGGCCGGACUAGCAAACAUCAUUCUAGGCGGACUGGCAUAUUUGGUGAUGCGUAAAACUAUUCUACAAACUCCAAUUGAAAAUGUUAACUCGUACACACCUGCUAUGCUGCAAGAUGAUACGCAAUGAACAUCGGCGAGGAGGAUCUAGAAUUAAAAGCUUACUAUAAUAACACAUAAAUAAGUUGGAAACACUUUUCAUUCACGUUUUGGAAAUCCUUUCCAAAUAUUCCAUCCAUGAAACAGAACAGCUUAGAUUAUACUUUUUAAAUUUUUAUUAAAGUACUUUCUCAUAAAAUAAAACGGUA